AUGUUCGAAGCCACUUUAAAAGAAGCUGCUACCCUCAAGAAAAUUAUUGAUGCCAUCAAGGAUUUAGUUACAGAUGUUAACAUUGAUGCCACUCCUCAAGGACUCAGUCUACAAGCAAUGGAUAGCUCUCAUGUAGCCUUGGUGUCCUUGACUCUUGGCCAGUAAGGAUUCGAGAAAUAUAGAGCAGAUAGAGCAAUGACUUUAGGAAUCUCAAUCACAAACCUUGCAAAGGUACUCAAACUUGCUUCAAAUGAAGACAAACUCAGCAUGAAAGCAGAUGAAGAUGGACAGCAUUUACAAAUUUGCUUCUCAAAUAGCAAGCAAGAAAAGCAAACACAAUUCAACUUGAACUUAAUUACACUAGAUAGCGAGCAUCUUGGUAUCCCUGAGACCAAUUACUCCUCAGAAAUUACUAUGAAUUCAUUUGACUUCCAGAAAUUAUGCAAGGAACUUCAUCAACUAAGUGAGACUGUAACCAUUGAAGCAAGCAUUGAAUACGUUCAAUUCUCAAUUGAAGGAGAGGUGGGUUCAGGAGUAAUCAAGAUUAGCACAAAUGAUAGCAGCAAUGAAAAAGAUACCAAACAGGAUAAAGUGACCCUAUCAUUUGCUCUCAGAUACUUAAACAUGUUUAACAAGGCCUCUUCUCUCUGCAACUAUGUUAAGCUUAUGCUUGCCUGUGAUACUCCACUUGUUGUAGAAUACGAAAUUGAGAAUAUGGGUUCACUAAAGUACUACUUAGCUCCAAAGAUCAAUGAAAACGAAUGA